CAACAGCAACAACAAAAACAGCGGCUUCAACAUAUGUACCACCACCACCAUCACCACCACCAUCACCACCACCAUCAACAACAGCAGCAGCAGCAGCAGCAGCAGCAGCAACUACAAGAUCAUUCUAGAAUUCAGAACCAAUUUGCUCAGUCCACUUCUUCUCCGGGUUCUCGUGAAAACAACGGAUCAAUUUAUGAAACCCGGCACCGCUUUGACAAUGGUGGUGCUGUUGGUGGUAUGACCAACAAGCCAUCAUCUUCUCCACCACUGGCCCCUCGUAUUUAUAAACCUUGUGUUGUCUGUAAUGAUAAAUCAUCAGGAUAUCACUAUGGUGUCAGCUCCUGUGAAGGUUGUAAGGGCUUCUUCCGACGCAGUGUUCAGAAAAAUAUGCACUAUUCAUGUCUUAAAAUGAAAAACUGUGAAAUUGUACGAACCUCCCGCAACCGGUGCCAAUAUUGCCGUCUACAGAAAUGUUUCAAGAUGGGAAUGUCCAAAGAAGCUGUACGCAGUGAUCGGAACAAAAAGAAGAAAGCAAAACCAGCAAAUGGAACACAUUCCAUACACAUAGAGGAAUUGACUGAGAGUGAGAAAUCUCUGUUGGAAGACUUGGUCAGUUAUCAUCAGCAGACUUACAUCAAAACUAAAGAAAAUAAACAUAUAUAUUUAACAAUGUCAAAUAUGUCAGUGUCAAAAUUGGUGGAAGGCAAUGAGAUUUCGGCAAUAGAGAACAAACAUCAAGAUAAUGGCCAGAAGUUGGGAACAGAGAAUGGCUUGGGAGAAGAUGCUAGUAAACCUCAAGAGAGACAUACAAAUUGCAAACUUUUCAGUAAUAAAGUGGAAAGUAUAAUAGAUUUUUCCAAUGAAGCAGCUUUGAAGAUUAUUGAGUUCUCCAAGAGAGUACCCGGAUUCAAAGAUUUAAACAUCAAAGACCGUGUCACUCUUACCAAAUCUGCUUGCCUAGAAAUAAUGUAUUUACGUAUGUCACAUCGAUACGAUGCCGACCGAGACGUGAUAGCCUUUGAAGCUGAUGAUUAUCUAACGAGGGAGGAUUUCAAUGAAAUGGGCUUCAGUACAAUCACUAAUAGCAUCUUCAAAUUUGCUGCAGAUUUUAAAGAUUUAGGUCUUGAUGACAGAGAGCUGGCCACAUUGACAUAUGUGGUUUUGGUCAGUGGUGAUCGCUGUGAUUUGAAUGAACCAGAACGUGUAGAAGAGUUGCAAGGUCCAUUGCUUGAUUUGUUGAGGAAAUAUUCACGUUUAAAUCAUGAGCAUGAUCCUAAUGUCUUUCCAAAAACCCUUUUGAAAUUAACUUCACUUCGAUCAUUGAGUUUGCAGAGUGCCAUCCACAUCUUAAACAAUCAAAGUGUACACAACCUGAACUCACCUUUAAUCGUGGAAAUGCUUGACCGUGAAGAAAAUAUCAACUUGCCAUCUUAGAAAGUUUACAUGAAACCAUGUUUCACCUUGUUGACAGAAAAGAUAAACACCAUACAUACACAUUUAUAUUAACAUAUACAUCUGUACAUAUAUACAUACAUGCAUAAAUAUACACAUACAAUACAUAUUUUUUCAUGAUAGUAGGAGUAUGAAAGUUUGGGCCAUGUCUGGAUUUAUAACAUCCUAUGGACAAAAAGUUGUACUAUUUUACAUGUUUUGAUUUGUCCACUUUUGAAAUUACCCCCCCCCCCCCCCGAUUAUUUUAGAUUUGUGUUUCCUUUUUAUCAGCCUCGGUUGGAGUAUUUUGUUACUCCCUACACUUAUUUGUGACAUAUUCAAAUAAUGAACAAAACAAGGCCUUACUUCAGAAAACCUUUGGCAUCUAUAUUAUUAACAAGCACUGACUUAUGUUACAAUUAAUUUUCAAAAUAAUCAAGAAUUUACAGGAGUUUAGUUAAUUAAUUGUAAUAUAUUUAUUGCUAUAUUAAAAAGUUAUUCGAUAUUCCAAGCUAGUGUUUAUUGGUAUGUUAAGCAAGUGUCAGUAAACUGUAUCUUUUGAUCUUAGUAUAGUUACAAGACUACCCUUAGUUCUAUUUUAUUCACUAAAUAUACAUGUUAAAAAAUUCAUAGUAAAAUAUAUUUUAAUCUGGCCACUAGGGGCAGAGGACUGGGGAAGUCAUUAGAGCAUUGGAAAAAUACCUC